GUCGCGGCCUGUUUGGUCGUUUAAUAUGUGCGCGCGUGGAUAACAUUUCGAACCGAGGCAGCAGAAAAAAGGAAAGAAAAUGGCGGGAGAGGGGCAGCUCAAGCAAAGCACAUCUCCAGGCCGCCAUUCUGCUACUGCUUCUCCUUCUAUUUCUCUUCCAGGGAAGAACGAUGAUCCCAAACAAAAAUGCUGGAGGAAGCAAGCGGACGAGAAUCUCAAGAGGCUUCACUCUCUUCUCUUCGGGGCCGAUCUUGCCCUUCAGAGAGAUGAUUUUGAGUCGGCGUACAUCCUCGGGCUUCGCCUCAUCGGCUUUCUUGACUCUCACUGCCACUCCGAUGUCGAUGAAGCCUAUAUACGUCCAAUUCGCCGUGAAGUCCUGGGGAAAAUCGACACCGCUCGUCGAUCCCUCAUUCCAGACUCCGAUCGCCAAGCGUUUGAACAAGCAAAAAAGCCUCCAGGGUGUAUUUUUGGCAAAACGGGAGAUAUUGACAUUGGGAAAAUUAAGAAGUCGAAGUACUUCCAAGCUCUUCUCAAGGAGUCCAAAGAAAAG